AUGGUAUAUCUCAGAUUGGAAGGUUUAAAAAUCUCAGAUGCAUUGAUUAGUGCGAUUCUAUGCUCAUGUCCAGAUAUAUGCUUUCUUAUUCUUGAUAAAAGUAAGGGUUUCACUAAUAUACUAAUUAUAGAAAUUGCGAAAUUUUCUCCAAAACUACAGUAUCUGAGUCUUAAUUCAUGUAUAUGUCUCACUAAUCGAUGUAUCACUGAAAUUACUCGCUCAUGCUCAAAACUUAGACAUCUUGAGCUUGGUGAUUGCUCGAUUGGUAAUGAAGCUAUCGAGAAGAUAGCCAGCAACUGUACUAAUUUGAAAUAUCUUAGUUUGAAGGGGUGUAGAAGGAUUAGUAAUGAAGUGCUGAAAAAACUCAAUCCGAAAAUUAAAAUCAAACAUCCAGAUUAUUCCGAUGAUGAAUUCUCUGAUUCUGAUUUACCUCCACUUAUUCCAAUCUUUACUGGUAGACAAAAUGGGAUAGCUAUAACCAGGUCCUUUAGAGACUACUAUUUGAGUUAUACAUCAGAUAAAACAGAUCUUAUUUCUGUAAUUGUUAAUUAUCUCAGAGAGAAUCCUCCAACCAAAAGCUUGUUCGAUAAGCUUAAAGAAGAUUAUGGAAUAUAUAAUCCUGUUGAGAAUCUCUAUGGGAAUGUAAUAGAUGGUACCGAAGUAAUAGACUUUCAAAUUUACAAAAAUCCAUCAUUCGAUUUGGUAUUAGAGAGAGAUUGGUUAUGGAUGCAUGAAGCAAAAAUAAGCUUUGGAUAUUCUCCCAAAACCUGUGUCUGCUAUGCUAAAAUUGUAAUCGAUGAUAUGAGUAUCCCAUUAAUCGAAAAAAAUAGUAAUAAAGCCAGCUCUAGUAAAAAUAACUUAUCUUAUUCUGAAACAGAAAUCGAUAAACCUGAUCUUAAUUUAGAAAAGUUUAUAAAUAUGUUUAAGAAAUUAUCUAUAGAGACUAAUUUAUCCAGUUCCGAUUCAGAAUCCACGAGUUCAGACUG